AUGUCGUCCACAAAUUCAAUUAGCUGGGUUUCACAAGAACGUUUGGAGCGAAAGCCAUGUUGUAAUGGAUACCUAAUAGCAGAAAAAAGGCGUUUAUCCGAAUCCACGGAAAAUAUAUUAAAGGUAUUAGAACCCAUCAUUAACAUAAUUAAAUCAUAUUCUCGACCAACAGUGACACCAUUUAAGUUUAGACAUGGACGAAAAGGUGUAGUACGAAUAGCUAGUUGGAAUAUAGAAAGAUUUGAUGAAGAAAAAGCUAAUAAUCCAGGAGUAAAAGAAGUUGUCUGUAUGACAAUCCUGGAAAAUGGAUUUAGUUUAAUAGCAUUUCAAGAGCUGGCUGAUAAAAAGGCCCUGGAAAAGAUUUGUGAAGAACUGAAUAGUCCAUCAUUAUCCUGUACAAAGAAUUGGCCAGGACAUCGUGGCAAGUGGCAGUAUGUAGUAUCAGAUGCUACUGGGAGGAUGUACCAAAGUAUGGCGUACAAUGGCUUUUUAUACGACACCGCAAGGGGGAUAACAUUAAAUCAUUCAGAGUUGCUAGAAAAACCAAAUGACUCACCUAAACCAUUUACUAGGGCACCAUUUAUUGGAACGUUUAAGAUCAAAAAAUUUGAUUGUAUAAUAGCGAGUGUACAUCUAAAAGCUACUGGUUUAGAUAAUGAAGACUUAGAAAGGCUUCAGAAGGAGAUAGAUAAAGUACCUGAAGUGAUAGAUGCCAUAGAAAAACAAUACCCAGGAGAGGAGGAUAUCCUUAUGUUAGGAGAUUUCAAUUUAGACCCAAAAAUGGAAGACUUUGAUAUUAUGAGAGAGAAAGGAUAUAGUAAUUGUGUUCCAGUUAGUGAGUUUACGAACAUCAGCAAUAGCAAUCUUGAAGGUAGCCAGAUUUAUGAUCAUAUAUGGAUAAGUAGCAGAACAAAUAAGGCAUUUUCAGGUAAUUCAGGUGUUAUUAGAGAAAAUCUGACAAGUCCAUUGAUACCCAACGGAUGGUCGUGGGGAGGUGAUGUCGGUGACCACUGUCCAGUUUGGACAGAGCUAUACACAGGGAAAGACUAUGACUCGGCAGAUCUGAGAAUGAUUCCGGAUACAAGUUUUACCCUAACUGGUUGA